AUGAAGGAGGUGGUAUCUAGUGAAGCACCUAAAAAGAUCAGCGGUCUUGAAUUUAGUGCUUUAAGUGCUGCUGAUAUCGUUGCACAGUCUGAAGUUGAAAUCUCGACUAGAGAUCUAUUUGAUCUGGAAAAUGGACGUGCUCCUAAGACGGGCGGUGCCUUGGACCCUAAGAUGGGUGUUUCUUCAUCAAGUAUGGAGUGUCAAACCUGUCAUGGUAAUUUAGCAUCGUGUCAUGGUCAUUUUGGACACAUUAAACUGGCGCUACCUGUAUUCCACAUUGGUUACUUCAAGGCAACUAUCCAGAUCUUACAGGGUAUUUGCAAGGAGUGUUCAUCAAUUUUAUUGGAAGAUACUGAUAAGAAGCACUUCUUGUCAGAAUUGAGAAGACCAGGUGUAGAUAAUUUGAGAAGAAUGGGAAUCUUAAAGAAAGUCUUAGAUCAAUGUAAGAAACAAAGACGUUGUUUACAAUGUGGUGCAUUAAAUGGUGUGGUUAAGAAAGCUGCAGCAGGUGGUGGAUCAGCAUCUCUAAAGAUUAUUCAUGAUACCUUCCGUUGGGCUGGUAAAAAAUCUGUACCUGAGAAAGAGAAAUGGAUUGGUGAUUGGGAUAGCGUUUUGGCGCAUAGUCCCGAACUAGAAAGGUACGUUAAACGUUGUAUGGAUGAUUUGAAUCCACUUAAGACACUUAACCUUUUCAAGCAGGUCAAACCAGAGGAUUGUGAAUUGUUGGGUAUUGAUUCUACUAUCAAAUCCGGUAGACCUGAGACUUACAUUUGGAGAUAUCUGCCAGCACCACCGGUUUGUAUUAGACCUUCUGUUAUGAUGCAAGAUUCUCCAGCAUCAAAUGAGGAUGAUUUAACGGUUAAAUUAACAGAAGUAGUUUGGACAUCUUCUUUGAUUAAAGCUGGGUUGGAAAAGGGUAUUUCAAUUAAUAAUAUGAUGGAACAUUGGGAUUAUUUACAAUUAGCCGUUGCCAUGUAUAUAAAUUCAGAUUCUGUCAAUCCUGCUAUUCUGUCAGGGGGCACCGGCGGUAAAGUUAAACCAAUUAGAGGGUUCUGUCAACGUUUAAAGGGUAAACAAGGUAGAUUUAGAGGUAACUUGUCUGGUAAACGUGUAGACUUCUCUGGUAGAACUGUCAUUUCACCUGAUCCGAAUUUAUCAGUCGAUGAAGUGGCAGUUCCUGAUCGUGUUGCCAAAGUUUUGACAUACCCAGAAAGAGUGACUCGUUAUAACAAGGGUAAAUUACAACAGCUAGUGGUCAAUGGUCCUAAUGAGUAUCCCGGUGCUAAUUAUUUAUUGAAGAAGGAUGAAGACGCUAGAAGAAACUUACGUUUUGGUGAUCGUGUUAAACUGGCUAAAAAUUUGAGAAUUGGUGAUCUUGUAGAAAGACAUUUGGAAGAUGGUGAUGUGGUUCUUUUCAACCGUCAACCUUCUUUGCACAGAUUAUCAAUUUUAUCACACUAUGCCAAGAUUCGUCCCUGGAGAACCUUUAGAUUAAAUGAAUGUGUCUGUACACCUUAUAAUGCAGAUUUCGAUGGUGAUGAAAUGAAUCUGCACGUUCCUCAAAGUGAAGAAGCUAGAGCUGAAGCUAUUAAUUUGAUGGGUGUGAAAAGUAAUUUGUUAACACCAAAAUCCGGUGAACCUAUCAUUGCCGCUACUCAAGAUUUCAUUACUGGAUCUUACUUGAUCUCCCACAAGGAUUCAUUCUUUGAUAAAUAUGAUAUGACCCAGUUGUUAUCUAUGAUGUCAGAUGGUGCUUUGCAAUUUGAUAUUCCCCCACCAACCAUCUGGAAACCAUGCUAUUUAUGGACUGGUAAACAGAUUUUCUCCCUUUUGAUUAGACCUAAUAAAAAAUCUCCUGUGGUUCUCAAUUUAGACGCUAAGAAUAAAGUUUACAUACCGCCCAAGUCCAAAUCUUUGCCUAAUGAAAUGUCUCAAAACGAUGGAUUUGUUCUGAUCAGAGGCUCCCAGAUAUUAAGUGGUGUGAUGGAUAAAUCUGUCCUUGGUGAUGGUAAGAAACAUUCCGUGUUUUAUACCAUUUUAAGAGACUACGGUUCUCAAGAAGCUGCAGAAGCAAUGAAUAGAAUGGCUAAACUUUGUGCACGUUACGUUGGUAAUAGAGGGUUCUCGAUUGGUAUUAGUGAUGUGACUCCAGCGGAGGAGUUGAAGGAAAAAAAGGAAGAGAUGGUAGAAAGCGCCUAUGCCAAGUGUGAUGAAUUGAUUGAUCUUUUCAGUAAGGGUAAAUUAGAAACUCAACCUGGUUGUAAUGAGGAACAAACUUUGGAAGCUAAAAUCGGUGGUCUUUUGUCUAAAGUCAGAGAAGAAGUCGGUGAAGUUUGUAUCAAUGAAUUGGAUAAUAUGAAUGCACCUCUUAUUAUGGCAACUUGUGGUUCUAAAGGUUCCACAUUAAACGUUUCUCAAAUGGUUGCAGUUGUCGGUCAACAAAUUAUUUCUGGUAGUCGUGUUCCAGAUGGUUUCCAAGAUCGUUCUCUACCUCAUUUCCCCAAGAACUCUAAGACACCUCAAUCCAAGGGUUUUGUUAGAAAUUCUUUCUUUUCAGGAUUGACACCACCAGAAUUUUUGUAUCACGCUAUCUCUGGUCGUGAAGGUCUGGUUGACACUGCUGUCAAAACUGCAGAAACUGGUUACAUGUCUCGUAGAUUGAUGAAAUCUUUGGAAGACUUGUCAUGUUUGUACGAUAAUACUGUGAGAACUUCUUCAAACGGUAUUGUCCAAUUCACUUAUGGUGGGGAUGGUCUAGAUCCACUAGAAAUGGAAGGUAAUGCACAACCAGUGAAUUUUAACAGAACUUGGGAUCAUGCUACAAAUGUUACCUUUAACAACAUGGAUAGAGGUCUGUUACCAUACCAAAUCAUGCAAGUGACAGAAGAAAUACUACAGCCGUUAGAAAACAGAUUGGUAAGAUACGACAAUCUUGGUAAUGAGAUCACAAAGGAAAACCGCGAUAGAAUUGAAUACAUCGAUCAAAACGAUGCUGAAAGAGGGUUCUACCAUUCCUUGAGAGAUUUUAUCUGGGCUAAGGCUCAACUUUUGGCAAAAUUUAGAGGGUCUAAAGAUAUGAAAGAAUUGAUGGAUGAGCCUGCCCUUGAAUUACAAAGUGUCGAUUUGGAUGAAAAUGUUCCUGAAGAUAUUAGACAUUCUGUGGAUCAAGUUUACCGUAUUACGGAUAAGAUGGUUAGAGAAUUUUUGAGAGUUGCCAUUCUCAAGUACCGUAGAGCUAAAGUGGAACCUGGUACUGCUGUUGGUGCUAUUGGUGCACAAUCUAUUGGUGAACCAGGUACUCAAAUGACUUUGAAGACUUUCCACUUUGCUGGUGUCGCCUCUAUGAACGUCACAUUGGGUGUUCCCCGUAUUAAGGAAAUUAUCAAUGCAUCUAAAGUCAUUUCUACACCCAUCAUUAAUGCUGUUUUAGUCAAUGAAAGUGAUGAAAGAGCUGCAAGAGUGGUCAAAGGUAGAAUUGAAAAGACCUUGUUGUCAGAUGUCGCAUUUUACAUUCAAGAUGUCUACAGAGAUAAUUUGUCUUACUUACAGGUUCGUGUGGAUCUUAGUACAAUCGAUAAAUUGCAAUUAGAAUUGACGAUAGAAGAUAUUGCUGUGGCCAUGACUAGAGCUCCAAAAUUAAAGAUUCAGGCUUCAGAUGUUCACAUCGUGGGCAAGGACAAAAUUGCCAUUAAUGUUUUCCCAGAUGGAGCUAAGGCCAAGUCCAUUUCCACUCUGGCGAAGGAACCAAGCGAGAAUGAAGUGUUUUACAGAAUGCAGCAAUUACGUCGUGCUCUACCAGGGAUCGUCGUUAAGGGUUUGUCUGAUAUUUCUAGAGCUGUCAUUAAUAUUCGUGAUGAUGGUAAGCGUGAACUUCUUGUUGAAGGUUACGGUUUGAGAGAUGUCAUGUCUACUGAUGGUGUUGUAGGUCAUAAGACAGUCACAAACCAUAUCUUAGAAGUUUACAGCGUGCUUGGUAUUGAAGCUGCUAGAGCCAGUAUUGUAGGUGAAAUUGACUACACCAUGAGUAAUCACGGUAUGAGUGUGGAUCCUCGUCACAUUCAAUUAUUGGGUGAUGUGAUGACCUACAAGGGUGAAAUUUUGGGUAUUACAAGAUUUGGUCUAUCUAAGAUGAGAGAUUCAGUCUUGCAACUAGCAUCUUUCGAAAAGACUACGGACCAUUUGUUUGACGCUGCAUUCUACAUGAAGAAAGACGCUGUGGAAGGUGUGUCAGAAUGUAUCAUUUUGGGUCAAACUAUGGCCAUCGGUACAGGUGCAUUUAAGGUGGUUAAGGGAACAAAUGUUUCUGAAGAACAGUUGAAACCAAAACCAACGCUAUUUGAAAGUCUUGUCAAUGAGACCAGCGUGAAAGUAAACUAG